CAUUUUCCAUUUGGGUGCAAAAAAAGUUGAAUGGCUGGCGGGCGCCUCUGCUUGACUUGAGGUCACGAGACGAAGGCGUCAAGACGGACGAGCCAUCGACCCACCUUCCUUCGGCUGUUCCGGUCCGCAUACAAGUAGAGUCCAGAGACCUCGAUUCCAACACCAAUCUUGAGAUCCAUCCAUCCUCUCCUAUAUUACUCAGCCCCCCUUUCUAUCUUCUUGCAAGACAUCGUGGUCAUCAUCUCUCGAGUUUUCUCGUCUUCUCGUCUUCCGACUCUUACUCUGCCAUCCUCUUCUCUCUCCGAUCCCAUUUCUGAGAUGGCUGGAGACAUGAAGAAGCUUGUGCUGAAAUUGGAUCUGCAUGAUGAUAAGGACAAGAAGAAGGCUAUGAAAGCAGUCUCCGCCCUUCAAGGGAUUGAUUCCAUUGCCAUGGACAUGAAAGAUAAGAAAUUGACGGUGAUCGGAGCUGUCGACCCGGUUGAUGUUGUAAGAAAGCUAAGGAAAUUAUGUUACACCCAAAUCCUUUCGGUAGGGCCUGCCAAAGAAGAGAAGAAGAAAGAGGAGCCAAAGAAGGAGGAGCCAAAGAAGGAGCCCGAGAAGAAGAAAGAUGUGAACGAGCAAAUCUCUGAGCUUGUCAAGGCAUACCAGGCUUACAAUCCUCAUAUGACCACACACUACUUUGUGCAGAGCGCCGAGGAGAAUCCGAACGCUUGCGUGAUCUGUUAAUGGCUGCUUCGCUGGUGGAAAGAAAUGUAUGCCCGGAUCUGCUGGGUGUAUUCGUAUCCGUACUGUAUGGGCGCUUGUUUUAGCGAAAAAAAAAAAAAAAAAUAGUAUGCCGAUGAGUUCGUACUGGCGUAAUGAAGGACUAUAAAUAUUAGAGUGGAUAUGUAGUGUGGAUGGUGAGAACUAAGAUGGAAGAAAUGUAUGAAUAGAGAUGAGUGGAUGGUGAGAACUAAGAUGGAAGUGUGUGAAUAGAGAUGAGUGGAUCUAUGGUUGUAAAAGGAGUUUUGGUAGUGAUUAUUUAGGAGUCUUUUUGAUGAAAUUUGCUUCCAUUACCCUUCACUUUCUUGGACUGUGUGUAGUUUUGAAGCAAAUGAUCUAGAUUUACCCUUUUAAUUGGCAGUAAACCUCUUCUUGAUUA